CUGAAAUUGAAUACUUUUUUUCAGGUUUUUGCUGUGUUAUUUUUUUCGAUGUUGUUUAUCUUAGGAGUUGGAAGCCUGAUAGCUCUCUAUGCUAGUGCUUCUACUGUGAUCAUGGAUUCAUAUCCUCACCUGAACAUUUCAUAUGUUUCUUUUGGUACUGCUGUUGUGGGAUUCAUCAUUGGACUUGUUUAUAUCACUCCGGGAGGGCAGUGGAUAUUUACAAUGGUAGACUUCUACGCAGGAACUGCAAUAUUUUUCUUCAUGAAUACAAGUGAAAUAAUCAUCAUCGCUUGGUGGUAUGGUAUUGAGGAUAUUUGUAAGGAUAUUGAAUUUAUGCUAGGAAGAAAAACGGGCAUAUAUUGGAGAAUGUCUUGGGGACUCAUCAUACCCGUAGCUUUAUUAGCGGUGAUGGUGUAUUUCCUCAGUAACUUAGAACCGCUGAGGUAUGCGGAUAACAUUUAUCCGAUUACUGUAGAAGCGGGAGGUUAUGCUUUAUUUGCAUUUGGAGUUCUGCAGCCCUUCUUCUGGUUUUUUAUAGAAUUGUGCAAAAGAAAAAGAAAGGAACGUCUUUACAGUGAGAAUAUUGGUUUUCAAAUCGAAAUUUUGAACAUCGCAGAGAGCGGUAAAAGCACCUGA